UGAAAGAUAACGCGAGGCUGGUUGGGUGGAAUAUAAUAAGCGCUCCGUACCGCGCGAGCUGGCGAACCUCGUUGAACUCGUGAUAAACUCAUAUUUCAAUUAUUUGGCAUCACUAUCGAUGCUGGACGUGAAUUUAACGUUGAUUUAUCUUAGUCAUACCGUAAUUUCGAUAUUGCGUUCGGUUAUAUCGCGAUUGUGUAGAAUGUCGGGAAGUUCGUUUGUGGAUUGCGAUCCCUUCAGCGAAACUCCAAUGCAGUCAGAAUCGAUCGGAGAUAUUAAAGGAGUUCUGGCAGAGGGGAAUGGAGUAGGAGACGAAGAGGCUGAUGAACCCCAAUGGACAGAGGCGGACGAACCGCAAUGGGCAGAGGCCUUGACCCCUGAAAAAGUACGCUGGUUCUUCAAAGACGGAGUCCACAAAAGAUGGGUCGAAUUUUGUGGAUACGACAGUCUUAGAAUAGAAAAUGCCUGGAGAUUAAGAGAAGGGGUGAAGGACAAGGAAGCGAGCGAAAAUACAUUGCCAUUGGAGAGCGUUGUUGUAAGAGGAGGAAUGUACGAUGUGGAAUUGAAUAACAUGAGAUGCGUCUCUAUUUAUUGGCCUGGUGAAGAAUGGGAAAUAAUGCGUGGCACGUGGUUCUAUGACGGCAGUUGGAUUCCAAUUGACACCGAAGAUGCCAAUGUACUUGAAGAAGUACAUUUACGAUUGUUCGAAAAACCUAGUCCAACACCACCGAGCAGUACUACACCCGAUGAACUUCCUGCCUCCUCGCAAACAUCCAGAGUUCUACACACGCAACACUUUCCUGACUUCCAUGUUGAUUGGCACGCCAUUAACGAUGUGACUCGUUACAGCGAAUACAAGCAUAGUAAAUUGAUGCGAAGCGUCACGUCUAAAUUAGGAUUCACCAAAACGACUGGUUACCGUUUGAGACGCGGUUACAUGAUUCGAGCGACAAUCGAUGACAAGCCCCACGAUAUCGAUCAUUUGGUAUUCGUUGUUCAUGGAAUUGGGCAAAAAGGCGACACGGGCAAAAUCAUACGUAAUACAACAUCAUUCAGAGAAUGCGUCAGUUGGCUGGAAAGAAAAUAUUUUCCAAAUUCGAAGCAUCGCGUUGAAUUUUUUCCCGUUGAAUGGAGAUCUUCCCUCAAACUCGAUGGUGACAUCGUGGAUGCCAUUACGCCUUACAGCGUACCAGGAAUUCGUCAAUUGUUGAACACAUCGGCGAUGGACAUAUUGUAUUAUACCAGUCCGCUCUACGGGGGUGAAGUUAGAACGGGACUGCAAAAAGAAUUGAACAGGCUCUAUUCCAAGUUCUCGAGUCGUCAUCCUGGAUGGACGGGCAAAGUAUCGAUUCUUGCGCAUUCGUUGGGAUGCGUUAUAGUUUACGAUAUUGUUACGGGAUGGAUGGGACCAGAUACGAGGCCACCGUCCCCUGCUGCGCCGGAUAUUCCCGGCGAGGGGCUUCAAUUUACGAUCGAAAAUUUAUUUUGUUUGGGUUCACCGCUGUCAGUUUUCCUGGCACUGCGAACUCGCACACCGACAACCAGGCUCGAUGUAAUGCCCAAAGGACUGUGCAAGAGAUUUUACAAUAUAUUUCACUGGAGCGAUCCGGUCGCUUAUAGAAUGGAGCCUUUGCUUGAACGAGGUUACAGCAAAAUUGAUCCAGUACUUAUAUUACCCUACGGAGGCGUGGAUUCCCAAGUUAUUGAGACUCCACCGACAAUUGCCAGUGGGGAACAAGCGAUCUCUUCUCCAGAUAACGAGGAAGUCGAACGAGAUGAGACGAGUCCUUGUGACACACCCAACCGUAACGUCGAUAAGGGUUGGAGUCUCUGGGGUCUUGUAAGAGCCGGUUGGACUGCCAAAGAGGGAUCGUCGCCGACACCUGACGCCAAUCCAUUACGACCGGAUCAGGAAUUGACGGAACGUUUGGAUUACGUAUUGCGAGCAGGUGGUUUAGGGCGUAAUUAUUUGUACACUGUAACGGCCCAUACAGCAUAUUGGAACAAUUACGACGUGGCCUAUUUCGUGCUGACCCGACUCUUCCCUACGUUGGAUACUUGAUGUUGGCCUGAUUCGCCUAACGACGAAAAUCCCUAUGACAUCGGGCCAUCGUGGGCGUUCGAGGAUUGAGCUUUGAAAGAAAUUUUCGUCCUGCCGCGUUAAACGACGAAGAGAGAAAAAAUAUAAUUAAGAAACAUUUAGAAAAGAGGAUGAUAAAACAAAUGCAAACAAUCUGUGAUAACGGUGAAACGAUACAAUAACGUAACAACUAUUAAAUAGGUCGAAUCAUUUAACUAUUUUGAAAUUAGCGUCGUUCGAACACGUUCAUUUCUCGAAAUUUCGUACUUUGCUACGAAAAUGAGUCACUUUUUUUCUUUUUGUUAUUCAUAGUUAUUUCUGAAAGCCCGUUGCAAAAUUUAUCAGCAAACUGGGACGAUAAAACCUGAAGACUUAUUUAGAUUUUCUUAUAAGAAGUAUAUUUCGACGAUGAAAAUUUCGCUAACCACAAUAAUCAUAAUAAUUCAUGCAUAAAUACUUUAAGCGCCUUUUUUUCUCGUAAUUAACGAGUAUCGUGCUCUCAAUUGAAAAUAUUAAUCGGCCAAUCGGUGUACGCGAAUUCGCCUAUUUUUUUCUUUAGACAGUGUAGAACCGAUUUUUUCGCUCGAUGACAUUCAGUGUAAUUUCUCAGUUAAGCAACAUGGCACUUUUCAUUUUUGUUUUUUACCAAUUCAUGUCUCUCUAGGUCUCUCUAACUUGUAAAUAAUUUUUCAAUCGUGUAAAUGAGAAACCUUUUUUCAUACAUUUCACGAAAUUAAUCAUUUUUUGUGUCUGAAUCUCAAACGCUACUAUCGAAAGUUAUUUCACCAUAAUUUGGAUGCAAAAAUCAUUAGUUUUCGAAUACUUAAUAUUUAGAUGGAAAAAAGUCUGAUCGAGCGACGGAAUUGUGUUUUCGCGAGUAGACGAGAUGUGAUUAUUCUCGUUACUUUCAAACGGUGUUUCAUUUUCUGCACACUUCAAAUAUUUUGUGCUAAAAUCAUUAAUUACACAAAUGAACCGCUGAGCAGCGAUGAUCGAUGAAAGGAAAUGUAAUAACGAUAAGAACAUUUCUGAAUGCAUUCAUAAAUAAUACAGUAAGAAAAAAAUUAAACCACAAGUAUGAGGAUUGCGAGGUUCGUAAAAAAUUUUCAAUUAACCCGACAAAACGCGAUGGAGGGAAGAGAAACAAAAAAAACAGAUUGCUGUGUAUGAAAGUCGUCCAGAAAACUGAAAGUUUAGUAAUAGCCGAAAAAAAUCAACCCUUGCCUCUGUUAAUUGUUGACUGCAAAUCGACCAAUUGUCAGCGACGUUGAAAAAAACGAAUAAUCGAUAUCCGCACGAGCAAAAACUGCUGCACGAAUAACGGCGAGUUAUGAUUUUCACUACUUAGCUAAUACGAAUUUUGCCAAUCUCCGGUAAGAGUAAUUUAGUUCGUGUUUAAACAUUUUUUAAAAAGUAUAAUGAUAAUACGAAAAAUUAUGUUUCUUAGGGGGACAAUAAUUCUAAAUAUUGAAAGAAUAAUUAUUUAUUAGUUUUUACGAGAACAAAUAUAAUUAUAUUUACAUCGCAUAGCUAGUUUUACUGGCUGACUUAACGAAUAAUCUAACUGUUCUCUCAUCAAUGUCUGUUUCUAUUGAUCGAUUACAUAUGUUGAGCAUAUGGAUCUGUAUAUGUAUGUGCAUAUGAACGAAAGAAGAGUAUUAGCUAUUUGAUAUUUGAAUCGUCCAAGGCUACAGCUGUGUCCAAGUGACAUGGACAUGUAAAGUAACGAUAAGCAGGACUGCAGUGCUAAAAUUGAGGUAAUUUUUCUACAACACACGUGCCAGUCGAGAGAGGCUCAAAAUUCACCAAUAAUUCUCUCUAUUAUUUAUUGGAUAUGAAGAAUAAACAAAAAAAAUUUUAGAGACAGUCGUGCAAUAUUUUUUUUGCAGAAUUCAAUAUAUUCGAAUGAAGACUCGUUUCUCAAACUCGUCGUCGGUGUGGAGGUAUUUUUGAUGCUUCAGUGAACGUGAAAAAUUACCUCAAUGGGUUUUGUCUUUAUCUCGUAAUCAUAUCAGCUAAAAUUCAAGGUUACUAUUUUUCAAAUUACAAAAUCUUGUAUGUGAAUAUAUAUAUUUUUUUUUCAAGUAUUUUUUCGAUUUAUCAUUUGAACACCUGCAAUUUUUCUUUAUUGAAACUAACGGCGAUAAUAUAUAUGUAUAUGGGUCGGUGGCUAUUCGUAUAAACGAAAUAUUAUAAUUAUUAGAUCAAUUAUAGAUUAAAAAAUGAACAAAUAUUAAAUAUUGCACACUUUUGUGGAAUAAUUCCGAUGAAUAAUAUCUUCAUUUUUGUAAAUUUAUUAAAAUUGAAUGAAAAUAAAAAAAAACCAAUUAUAAACGAAGUAGACUGUACGUGAUAUAUAUAUAUCGAAAACUUUCGACAAUGUAUUGAACGAACAUCUGCAUUUUUUUGCAGUUAAAUACAACGUUGUUAUAUAAA